AUGUUCGCCCACCGUCGGACGCAUCCACCGCCGCCAGCCACGUCGCACGGCCAAUCGGAGGCCGCCACCUCAGCCGUGCCGCCGCUCCCGUCCAACCACAUCGCGCCACCUCACCCUCUCUCCCUCCCUCCAGCCGCGCGCGCCGCCAAGCCCGCCGAGCCCAGGUCCGGCCCACGCCGGGCCGAACCGGGCCCGACGGAGCCCCGCUCCUCCGCGCCACCUCCCACCUCGUCGGCGCACCCCUUCGCUCCGGCCACCGCCCGCUGUCGUUGCUCCGGCCGUCGCCCGGGGCUCCCCGCGCCGCCCGUCAGCGUCCUCGCCGGUCCGCUCCUGCCGGCGACCCCGUGCGCUCGCCUCCCGCCGUCAGGAGCGCGCCGCGCCGCCGUUCGACCUCCUGCCGGCCCGCACCGCCGACCUCGCCCCGCCGCCUCACCGACUUCUACCUUGUCGCCGACCCCUGCUCGCCGGAGAUACGGCGGCGGCUGCCUCGAAGCCGCAGUCCCGAUCUGGACGACGUUGUCCCGAUCCGUCCUCGUCCACCAGUGA